ACGUUUGGUGUGUUCCGUCUCCGCGUUUGCUUGCUAUUGCACAACACCGUCACCACCGAUCCGUCCGGCUGCUCAAUGAAAACACUUGGCCACACACGCACGCACCGAUUCCCCGAACCACCAUCGAGACGCCAUUUUAGCAUUAGAAAAUGCAUUGAUUUGGCCUUCUCGCUUCCGCCAGCGUGAUGCGCCGCGACACCCUCCCCACACACGGGAACAGUUCCGGUCGCUUCCCGCUCCGUUCGCUCACACUUGCGCACGAAAAAGGAUUCGCAGUCGGCGGAUUGUUUUGCUCCGAUAGUGUGGAAGUGUGUGACGGUGUGUGUGUGUCUGGUAGUGCGCUCCGUUUGCGCGAAGGUACGCACACAGUGAAACACGCGAUAUGUGUGUUUUGUUUUGAUUACCUUCAUUCUAUACGGCCUUGCCAUGCGUGUGGCGUCCGGUGGCGCGUACGCUGAUAAAAGUGUAAUCCAGUAGGAUCGGAGGAAUUGGGGUGUUAAUCAAGUUUAUAUGCUGUUCAUUGCCUAAACAUUCCCUUUCGCUGCCAAGCGUCGUGGUGCCGAACAAAUAUCGACCACCAUGUUUGCCGUAAACAAUCCCGAUCGGCUUAAGCUGCUGAGCCACAACGAGGAACAACGCAACCUAAAGCCGGGACACUGUAACAAAUUCCUGCACGUUGUAAUCGAUCCGGGCUUUCUGCGGGAACCCCAUGGCGCUCAGGUACUGUCGAAACUCACCGAACUAGGAUGCAAGUAUGAGCUGACGCCACAGCCUGUACCCUGCACGCUAACGUUCUACCGAACCAUGGUCGCUAAGCUGACUUCCGAUGGCGCCAUGUCCGGUACGAAGAGUGACGAACCGUUUGCCGUGUGUCUGCUCGACGGUGGCGCUUUCGUUGCAUCUGUGCGAAAUCAGCAACUGUUGGCCACGGUGCGAAGUGUUAAGGAGCAGCUUCCGAACCGCCGACUCAGCCUGAUCGUUUUUGGACUGGUCAGCUAUUGUCGGGUGCAUCGCGGUUGCGUUGGCCGCCGGGAGACGGAACAGGCGCUAACGGAGGUGCAACUGUGCGAGGACACAUCCCACCAGCUGCUGGAAACGGCCGAACAGGUGGCAAGCUUCGUUGCCCAGUUGGCACGCAGUAUCGCGGAGCGGCCCUACAAACAGCAGCAGCUGGAAAAGUAUAGCUGCGAGCAGGUGUACCUUGGCAACGAGAAGAAAGGCUGCGUGCGCGUGGAAGGUACGGCCGGGCUCCAGCAACUGUACCAAGCGCAGCUCAUUAAAAUACCCUCAGUUACGCUGGAAAUAGCGGAAGCCAUCAUGAGCGUUUACCCAACGAUGAACUCGCUGUUGCAAGCAUACCGCGCUGCGGGCGUGGAAGCAGCCGCCAACCUGCUGUCCAACAUUUCCAUCCGCAGAGCCGGUGGACCGAUUACGGCCUCCAACCGACGGAUUGGUCCGGAAUUGAGCCGCAAAAUUCACUCCAUGUACGCUUCUAUCAGUCCCAAACAAGAGCUAUGAUAAAAGGCG